UUCGGCACAUCACCUCUGAUCGAAUCGACUAAUCGAGAAUUAAUUGCAGCGCCGAUGCCGCGCGAAUACCAGAAGUUGAAGGUGAAGCCCCGCGGGGUCAGCAAUCGACGGAGGGGCAUGGAUUACAUCCGGGAACACGUCGCUUCCGGGGUCAUGUUCUUCGCCGACGACGACAACGCCUACGACGUUCGUAUCUUCGAGGAGAUGCGAUGGACCGCGAAAGUCUCCAUGUUCCCCGUGGGGUUCGCGACGAGCUACGGCGUCUCCUCGCCCGUCGUCGUCGACGGGGAGGUGGUCGGCUUCUACGACGGGUGGGAGAGGGGCAAGAAUCGGCGGUUCCGCAUCGACAUGGCCGGCUUCGCCAUCAACAUCCCGUUCUUCCUCAAGGGCUUCCUGGAUGCGGAUGAGGAAGACGAUCUGCUCCUUCUCCUCCUUCUGGAUGCAGACUGCCGACAACGAGAAUCCCUCGUCGACCGAGAGCGAGACCUCCUCCUGGACGAGGGCGACUUGGACCGGGCGUGUCGACGCCUCGAUCUCCUCAAACGUGGAGGGUUCUCCUCGUGA